ACUUCUUUCUACCAUUUUGGGUUUAUUCUUGUGGCUUUGAAAUGAAAGAAAACUGAAUAAAACGUCGAUCAUGUAAUACAAGUAAUACAAUUCCUUUUCUUUUUUUAAAAAAUUAUUUUUUGCUUUUUUUUUAAAAAAAAAUGUCCUUUGAAUAUUCUCAAGAACUUGCUGAUGAUUAUGAAAAUUUACUUAAAACUGAUGGAGAAUAUAACGUUAUUAUCUACGCCGGUAAAAAUAAAAAUGUAGAAGAAAUACAUUCACAUUCAAUUAUUUUAUGUAUCAGGUCUCAAUAUUUUCGUACGGCUUUUUCUAACGAAUUGACCAAGAAAAAGGAUGGAAAAUAUAUUUUUAAUUUUCCUAACAUUUCUCCUCAAUUCUUUAAAAUUAUUUUAAGGUUUAUUUAUUGUGGAAAGAUAGAUUUGGAGAAAUUGCAGGGACCAGAUAUUCUAAAGCUUUUGGUGACAGCGGAUGAACUUAAAAUCCAAAGACUAGUGAUUUGUAUUCAGGAAUAUUUGAUUAAACAUCAACAUGAAUUUUUACAACAAAAUCCUACCGAAAUUCUUGAAGCAAUCUAUUUACGUGAAACGUUUACAGAUUUAUGGAAUUAUUGUUUUGAAGAAAUUUGUACUAAACCAGAUUUAUUAUUUAAAUCUGAUAAAUUCAUCAAUUUAAAAGCACCUUUAUUAGAAUUACUUUUAAAAAGAGAUGAUUUGUCAUUAGAUGAAAUUAUUAUAUGGAAUAGCUUGAUUAAGUGGUGUUUUUCUCAGCAUCCUACUAUUCAACAAGAUGUUAAUAAAUGGAAUAAAGAAGAAAUUGUAAUUAUGGAAAGAACCAUUCAUAGAUUUAUUCCGUUGAUAAGAUUUUAUCAUAUUCCCUCAGCAGAUUUUGUUACUAAAGUAUAUCCUUUUAAAGAAAUAUUGCCAAAGGAUAUAGUUAAUAAUAUACUUGUAUUUCACAUGGCACCAGAUGAGCAAUUGAAUGUGGAUGUACAAUCUCCCAGGAAACCAAAAUGUGUUUAUGAUUCAGUUAUCGUUGGUAACAAACAUUUUGCUAUUUUUUCUAACUGGAUUGAAAAGAAAAAUGAGUCUUACUAUGAUGUAAAGAAUGUUCCUUAUAAUUUCAAUUUACUUUAUCGUGCUAGUAGAGAUGGUAAUACAAUUGCGACAUUUCAUGCUAAAUGUGAUAAUAAAGGAGCUACUAUAGUUAUAGUAAAGAUUGCAAAUUCGGAGCAAAUAGUUGGAGGAUACAAUUCUCUUUAUUGGAAUUUAAGUAGCGCAUGGAAGUCUACAAGAGAUAGCUUUAUAUUCUCAUUUGCAAAUAAAGAUAACCUACAAAGCGCAAAAGUAGGAUAUAGUAAUGGUGAUGAGUCUUCUAUAUAUAGUGGGAAUAUUAACUAUGGUCCGUUGUUUGGUGGUGGAAAUGAUUUAGGCUUGUCUGUUAACAAUGGAUGGUAUAGGAGUUAUAGCAAUUCUUAUCCUGAUGUAGACAUACCGUUAAAUAAAUUUAAAACGGAUGAUUAUGAAGUUUUUCAAGUUGUUAAGAAAUAAUCAAAUUUGUGUAUUCACGGUAUACUUAUGGGAAACUUUAAUAAUAAAGAUUUUAUGAUUUAUGAAUAACUAAAUGGGUUGUUUACACACUAAAAACGCUAAGCGUUAAAUGACUUCUUAUUGUCAGAAGAAUGAUUAAUUUAUAAUUAAAUUAGAAUUUCAAUAUGAACAUAUUUUGAAUUUUUAUUAUUUACUAUUGAACUCGUUUCUUUGUAUAUUCAUAUAGUUUCAUUUAGAGUGUAUUGUGUAUAACAUAUUUAUUAUUGAUUUAUAAUCAAAAACGACUA